ACACUAACUUUUCACACAAUGGAUUUCCAACCUUUCAUCCUACCAAUUGCCCUGCUCCUAACCAUCACAUUCCUCCUCUUAAAAAAAUCACUACCAAAUACACAAACCACACAAACGACCAAAAUCACCCUACCCGAGCCACCGGGGGCCCUACCCAUCAUCGGCCACCUCCACCUCCUUGGCGGGCCAGCCCCCGUGGCCCGAACCCUCGGAGCCAUGGCCGAUGCCUAUGGCCCAACCUUCACCUUGCAGCUCGGAGCCCAUCGAGCCCUAGUCGUGAGUAGCUGGCAGUCCAUCAAGGAAUGCUUCACCACCAACGACCGGGCCUUUGCCACCCGGCCCAAUAUGGCCACCGGCAAAUACCUCGGCUACGAAAAUGCCAGCUUUGCCCUCUCCCCUUAUGGGCCCUACUGGCGCCACAUUCGCAAGAUGGCCACCCUCGAGCUCCUCACCCCACGCCGCCUUGACGGGCUGGCCCACAUCCGGGCCUCGGAAAUCGGGCUUUUCGUAAAACACUUGUACUACUCCAUUGCUAACGACGUCCCAAACAAGGCCAUAGCCCUAAGCACUUGGGUCGAGCACUUGACGUUCAACAUAAUCAUCGGGAAGCUAGCGGGUAAGAGAUACCCUUACGCUCGUGAUGAAGAUAAGGAUUAUCGGUUUAAGGAGGCGAUUAAGAAAGCGUUGCACCUUAGUGGGGUGUUUGUUUUGUCCGACGCUAUCCCUUGUUUGGAAUGGCUCGAUAUCGGAGGAUAUAUUAAAGAGAUGAAGGAUACUAGUAAGGUAAUCGACGAUGUGCUCGAGGAUUGGGUUCGAGAGAGGGCCGAAAACAGAGGUGGUAAUGAUGAUGCAGGGGAUUUCGAGGGUUCGGAUUUCUUGGAUGCAAUGUUUUCGGCUAUUCCCGAGAACGAAACCGUGCACGGCUACACGAGAUCGACGGUCAUCAAGGCAACAAUGAUGAUUCUAAUCAUGACGGGAUCGGAAAGCACGGCCGAGACGCUCAUCUGGGCCCUGUCGUUACUCCUAAACAGCCCGCGUGUCCUCCGCGAGGCCCAACGGGAAAUGGACUCGACCGUGGGCCGGGCCAGGUGGGCCCAAGAAUCCGACAUAAAGGACCUGCCCUACCUGCAGUCGGUGGUGAAGGAGACGCUGAGGCUUUACCCGCCGGGCCCGCUCUCGGGCCCGCGCGAGGCAGCCCACGACUGUUGGGUCGGUGGGGCCCACGUGCCGAGGGGCACGCGGCUGGUCGUGAACCUGUGGAAGAUGCUGAGGGACCCGGAAGUUUGGUCGGGCCCGGACGAGUUUCGGCCCGAGAGGUUCGUGGAAGAGCAGCACAGGGACACCAACUUCAAGGGGCAGUGUUUCGAGUACAUACCGUUUAGUUCGGGGAGGAGAAUGUGCCCCGGAAUGGGGUUCGGGAUGCGGGUCGUCCAGCUGGCGCUGGCUCGUCUGGUUCAGGGGUUCGAUUUGUCGACGGCCGAUGGGGAGAGUGUGGACAUGGGGGAAGGGUUGGGGCUUGCCCUGCCCAAAUUGAAGCCACUUGAGGUUGUUCUUGAACCUAGGCUUGGAAAGGAGAUUGACAGUGAAGAAAUGGAUGACAGAGGUGGCGGCGGAGGAUCUUUUGUGGCGGUGAGGCGAAUAUCACAGGGGAUUGAUCGUGGAAGCUCUUGCCACUCGACCUCCGGCGCGGAGGUUGUGGCUGGAUCAGCUGCAUGGCUUGGCAGAGGCCUUUCAUGUGUUUGUGCUCAAAGAAGGGAUAGUGAUGCUCGUCCAUCAUUUGAUCUGACACCUGCACAGGAAGAAUGCCUAGAGAAGCUACAAAAUCGAUUAGAUGUAGCCUAUGAUAGUUCUAUUCCUGAGCAUCAGGAAGCUCUACGGGCCUUAUGGCAUGCCGCCUUUCCUGGGGAGGAACUACACGGUCUAAUAUCAGAGCAGUGGAAGGAAAUGGGUUGGCAGGGAAAAGAUCCGUCUACAGAUUUUCGGGGUGGUGGUUUCAUAUCACUGGAAAAUUUGCUGUACUUUGCUAGGAACUUCCCGGUUCUUCUAAGGAAGCAGGAAGGUAGUAGGGCGUUGUGGGAAUAUCCGUUCGCAGUGGGUGGUGUCAACAUUACAUUCAUGCUUAUUCAGAUGCUUGAUCUUGAAGCAGGUGAUCUCUUGAAUCUCUUUUCAGAGGAUGAGCUUAUGAAGCCCCGGACGUUUGUGGGAGCAACAUUUCUCAAAUUUCUUGAAGUCGCCAUCCUUUUCUAUAUGACAGAAAAUGAAAUGGCAUUUGAUCUUCUGUAUUGUAUAGCGUUCAAGCUCAUGGAUCAUCUGUGGCUGGCCAUGCAUGCUUCUUACAUGGAUUUCAAUGUAAGUUUUCACAAACUAAUGUUUUGA